AUGGCGACGCCGUCGUCGUCGCUUUGCUCCAGCUUCGCUUCCCUGCGGACCGCCUCCAUCGGCCACCGUCGUGGCCUCACCUCCUCCACGCCAAGGAAGGCAUUCCAAGUGAGGGCAUCAGCUCGGGUUGACAAGUUCUCAAAGAGUGACAUCAUUGUGUCCCCAUCCAUUCUAUCUGCAAACUUUGCCAAGCUUGGUGAUCAGGUAAAAGCUGUGGAGGUGGCAGGAUGCGACUGGAUUCAUGUCGAUGUCAUGGACGGGCGCUUUGUGCCAAAUAUCACAAUUGGACCUUUGGUUGUUGAUGCUCUGCGUCCAGUGACUGAUCUUCCGUUGGAUGUACAUCUGAUGAUUGUGGAACCUGAGCAGCGAGUCCCUGAUUUUAUCAAGGCAGGUGCUGAUAUUGUUAGUGUCCACUGUGAACAAACAUCGACCAUCCAUUUGCACCGAACAGUCAAUCAGAUUAAAAGUCUAGGAGCAAAGGCAGGAGUUGUUUUGAAUCCAGCAACUCCACUCGCUGCAAUUGAUUACGUUCUUGAUGUUGUUGACCUGGUGUUGAUUAUGUCUGUGAAUCCUGGGUUUGGUGGCCAGAGCUUUAUCGAGAGUCAAGUAAAGAAAAUUGCAGAAUUGAGAAGGUUAUGUGCAGAGAAGGGAGUGAACCCCUGGAUUGAGGUUGAUGGUGGUGUUGGUCCGACAAAUGCCUACAAGGUUAUUGAAGCUGGGGCGAAUGCCAUCGUUGCUGGUUCUGCAGUUUUUGGGGCUCCAGACUACGCUGAAGGCAUGGUUUCUUCUCAGUGUCAUUCAUGCUCUAAAUUUGAAAUUCCAUAUAGCUAUCAAAGGAAUCAAGACCAGCCAAAGACCUGUAGCUGUACCCGCAUAAGGAACUGGACGUAUGAAAGGAGACGGAGGCAGUGGGGAAAUAUCCUUUUCUUCUCAUUUUCCACGAGGACACCGUGCACUGCUCCCAGAUGGGGCAUGAACUAG